GUACUCUGUCCAGCCCGUUCUGUCCUCGUCCACUCUCCACACCAUUUCUCACCACCUGCGCCUCCGGCACUACAGCCUAAGCUCUGCGUCCGGAGAGAAGCUCGUAUCUCGGCAGCAGGGCAUCGAGUUCUGGUGGCAAGGAGCUUGAUCUUGGGCAUAGUGGUCGAUCAUUGAUAGAGGCGGUGAGGAGAUCCAUCGCCGUGGAGAGAAGCAUCAUUUGCCUCUUUGGAGCUCGAUUUCGUCAGCAGGGUGUUAGUGGACCAUUCAUCAGGCAGCCUGAAGCUUGAGCUAGGUUUCAUUUCGUCGGUCGUGCCACUGCAGGGCGCGGCUGCCCCUAGUCAGAUAUUACAGAACACAACUAUAUAUGGAACUAGAGGAUGUAUCAUUUCACUUCUUAAGAGAAAUUACAGAUGGUUUCUCUGAGAACAGGAUACUUGGUGAAGGAGCAUUUGGAGUUGUUUACAAGGGACUAACUAAAAACGGUGAUGAUGUUGCUGUGAAAAAACUGAAGCUUCGUGGCGUCAACGUUGACUUUAAGCAGUUCCAAAAUGAGUUUUAUAACCUUACAAAACUCAAGCAUCAAAGCGUUGUACAGAUUCUUGGCUAUUGCUAUGAAAUAGAGAAAAAAACCUUUUAUCAUGCUGGAUGGAAGUAAGGUGUUUGUUGAUGAAACACACAUAGCUCUCUGCUUCGAGUUUUUGCACAAUGGGAGCCUUAAAAAGCAUCUUUCCGAUGAUUUUUAUAAACUUGACUGGCACACGCGGUUCAAAAUAAUUAAGGGAAUUUGUGAGGGUCUGAAGUAUAUUCAUGAUGAGUUGGAAGAACCUAUCUACCACUUAGACCUAAAACCUGACAACAUAUUGCUAGAUAAGGAUAUGGUGCCAAAGAUUGCAGAUUUUGGUUUGUCGAGAAUAUUUGGUAAUGAUGAACUUGCACGGAUCACACGAAAUCCUUAUGGGACACGUGGGUACCAGCCACCUGAAUACAUCGACAAAGGAGAAAUCUCAGGAAAGUUUGAUAUAUUCAGCUUGGGUGUCAUGAUUAUAAAGAUAGUGUCAGGACCCAAGGGCUACCCCAAUUGUGUUGAUCAAGUCCAAAGAAACUGGAGGAAUACGUUGCAAGCAACAUGUACAGAUGAUUUGUUUGAAGCAUAUUGCCACCAAGUAGACACAUGCAUUCAGAUAGCAUUGAGUUGUGUUGAGACAGAUAGCUUCAGAAGACCUGAUAUAGUGGCAAUCAUUGAGAAGCUGAAUGAGAUUGAAAUUGAAGUUGGUGAGCUUCCCGAGAAAGGAUGUCAUAGAACUGUUUCCAGAAUGACAAUGCAUAAUAGCAAGAUAGAGAUGAGAACAGAAUCAACGGAUGUCACUGAUCAACACCAAAAUAUUAUUUUGAGGUCAGACCCUCGAUGCAAUGAGCUGGGACUUCAUGAUGCAUUGGAAACAUCAUCAGAUACAGUAGAAGAACACAUUGUAGGGAGAACAGAAGAAAAAGAGAAAGUAAUGGCCUCUUUGCUUAAAGCCAUGUCAGAAAAGAUUGCCAUCCUUCCUAUACAUGGUAUUGGAGGCAUUGGCAAGACAACUUUUGCAAGACUGAUUUAUAAUGAUCCAAAGUUCAAUUGUUAUUCUAAGGAGUUGAAGGAUAUGUUAUAUCAUGAUGAGAGCAACAUAACUAUUUUAGUAACAACAUGCAGUGAACAUGUUGCGAAGAGAAUCUGUACUAACCUUCAAGCACACAAGAUAUUACCCUUGACAAACGACAUGUGUUGGGAUAUAAUAAAACAAAGAAGUGGUUUCAAAGAUAGAAAUGACAAAGAACAGCUCAUGGGUAUCGGAUGGGAGAUUGCUAAGAAGUGUGGUGGAGUGGCUUUAGCAGCACUAUCUCUUGAGUUCACUUUAGGGUCCAUGAAUUUUGAUGAAUGGAUGAAAGUGAAAGAUAGUGAUAUCUGGAAUGAACCUGUUUCAAAGGAUUUAUUUUUGCCAAAUCAUGUUCUUGCAUCAUUGAUGUUAAGUUAUAGCUAUAUGUCUCCAGGCUUGAAGUCAUGUUUUACCUACUGUGCAACCUAUCCAAAAGGUCACAAUAUAGUUAAAAAUGAUCUUAUUUACCAAUGGAUUGCUUUGGAUUUCAUCAAGCCAACAAAACUACUCUCGAAUAUGGAGCUUUGUGAUAGAUAUAUUGGGCAGCUCCUGGGAUUGUCUUUUUUCCAACAACCAGUGUCACCUAAGACUUCUGAAGUAUACUAUAAACAAGCUACGUUUUUCACCAUGCAUGAUCUGGUGCAUGACUUGGCAAUUUCACUCCUUGGCAAUCAAAUUCUGGAUCAGAGCAAACAUGGCAAUACUAGGGGAAGCAGCUGCCAAUAUGCAUUGCUCAGGGAUUGUAGCAAGCCAGUGGAGUUAUGCUUGACUUCUCGUGCAAGGCUAAUAGCACUGCAUUUUCUGGACGGUUGCAGUAGCGAACUAAGCAGUGCUGCAUUUGCACCUGCUAGGUCCCUGCGAGUAUUGGAUUUAAGCGAGUGCUUCAUACAGGUGUUGCCAGAUUCCAUUGGCCAACUGAAGCAGUUGAGGUAUCUUAUUGCUCCAGAGAUCCGGGAUGAAAUUGUUCCAGAAUGUAUCACGAAGCUCUCGAAUCUGAUUUAUCUCAAUCUUCAAGGAUCUAAUAUUAGGGCCCUACCAGAGUCAAUUGGUGAACUGGAAAGGUUGAUGCAUCUUGAUUUAUCAUACUGUCGAUGCAUACAAGAAUUGCCAGCCUCAUUCAGGACUCUGGAAAGAUUGGCACAUCUGGAUUUGUCAAAUUGCCCUUAUAUUGAAGGUGUAUUAAAAUCCUUGCAGAGCUUGAGCCGAUUGGAGCAUUUGAACUUAUCAGGAAAUCGAAAUAUUGGAGACCUGACAAGAGCAAUGAGCGGCCUCACAGGACUGCAAUAUUUGAAUUUAUCACAUGUAGUCUCUUGUAAUGGGUUACAACAAGUCCUGGUCAAUCUCACUAAACUUAGGUAUUUAAAUUUAGAAGGUAGCCUGAAGAACGGACCAUACCUGAAAGCUGAGAUUGACAGUUUACUUGAGUGCGUCAGUAGCCUUUCCAAUCUAGAGUACCUUAAUUUAGGUUCCAAUUUUACUCUGCGUACCAUACCUGAAAGCAUUGGGAACCUCAGAAAGCUAAAUACACUAGACCUCUCGUAUUGCAAUAAUCUACAGAGGCUGCCAGCUAGCAUAUCUGCAAUUAAUAGUCUGAUGUUUCUACAUGUAUCUUGUUGCUGGAAGUUAGAUAAGUCCACUCUGCCCCAGAACAAGAAUAGUACAACAGUCUUGCUACCACAUUUUGUGGUCCAUGCUGUUGACGGUGAAUCCAGCAGCAAUCUUUUGGAGCUUGAGGAUAAAUAUCCAACCUUGUUGGAUAUAAGCAGGCUUGAAAACGUGAAGUCUGCAGAAGAGGCAAAGAGAAUAAAACUGGCUGAAAAGCAGAGUAUUGAAGAGCUAAAACUGGCAUGGACUUGGGAUGCUAAGAGAUUUGUGGACGAUACUACAGUUUUAGGAGAACUGGAGCCACCAGACACGAUAGAAAUAUUAACGCUAACUGGCUAUAAUAGCAUUAGCUUUCCAUCCUGGCUGAUGAGCAUCGCUAAUUAUCUACCUUAUGUGUGGAAGGUUGUCAUGGAGGACUUGCCCUGUUGCAAUGUCCUACCACCACUUGGUCAGUUACCAAACCUCAAGUUGCUGCACAUUGGAGGCAUGGGCAGCAUUAGGAAGAUUGAUGGGGGCUUUUACGGGGGCAGAAGAGCAUUUCCUCGACUUGAGUACUUUAGCCUGUCCAAUAUGGAUUGCCUGGAAGAGUGGAGCGCGACAUACUCCAGUGAUAAGGAUGAUUUGCAUAAGCUCGCGUUCCCAAAACUUAUCAAUCUGAGUAUAAAUUGCUGCCCCUUGUUGAGGUUCAAAGCAUGCUUGCCUCCAGGUAUGCAUGUGCUCAUAGAUAGUAGUGACCAAGUACUGUUGUCCUCAGUCACAAGAAAAAAAGUACAGUUGCCGUCAUGGAGGAACAGAGGCCACGUUAGUGCAACCACAGAGCUUUGCGUGAAAUGCUGUGAGGUGCCUCUGCAUCAGUGGAGCUUGCUGCGCCACCUCCCUGGCCUUAUCCACUUAGAGAUUAGUGGCUGCAGUGAUCUCACAUGCGGCUCAACAAAUUUGCUUCAAUGUAUCUCCUCCCUUGUUACUCUGAUUGUGGAAGAUUGCAAAAAUGGCACAGUGGCGCUGCUGGAGAGGUUAGGAGAUCUCACCUCUCUUAUGGAACUAGAGGUACGUAAUUGCAAAGGCAUCAAAACUCUACCAAAGAGCAUACGACAACUCACAUGCCUGCAACUGCUGGUAAUUAACGGCUGUCCCGAACUAGUUCAGUGGUGCAAAUCAGAGAAGAAUAAGAAGCUCGCUCACAUCAAAGCAAUAAUAUUAGAUGGUAAGCAGUUUCAUAGGAUCAGGCAUCAGUAUGUGACAUGGCGGGCACUAAAACUAAAGAACAAAGGUGCCCCGACCAGGGUGUAGGAAGAUUUAUAGAACACGACCAGGGAUGCGAUUGGCAUUGAUACGAGCCAUCCAACGAGUCUGCUGUCAGUAGAGUAUGAAUUUUCUAAGGCGCGAGAUGAUGACAGAAAAUAUGAACGUGAGGCUUGAAAGCAAUGGAGGUAAAGAAUUUCGUCCUAGUAUUGAAGUGCCAUGUAUGCCUGCUCAUUUGUUACUUUUUGUCGACGUGGUUCCUUGCUUCUCCUUUUGCAGAGAAGUCCUUAAGCUGUCAAGAGAUUUUGAAUCGUUAACGGCAAACGAUGAAAAGAGCGGUGCAAGUGAUGCAGGCCAUGAUGCCAGCGCACUAGAGAACCUGCUAGGGCAGCAAUUCAGCCUGGGAAGCUGGAUCAGCUCUACUACUACGCCAGGAACCAGCAGAUCCAACCAGAGGCGACGCAAGCCUGCAGCCGAGCUGAUCCGUCGCAAGCGAGGCUCUGCUGGUCCAUCCACCACUGAUUUCGGCGUCUUCGGGUCAUCUGCUGGUACACACCUCACCGGUCUACAGUGCCCUGCGCUGCCACCCACCACUCAUGGUUCCAUGUACACCUUCACGGCCACCGCUCGCCUAGAUCGGACCCGCCUCUGCCGUCGAUAGCAAGGACAAAGGAUGAAAAUGAAGCAGCAGGUGAAAGGUAUAAAACGUUGUUACUUCUGAAAAAAUCACUACAUAAUAACACAAAGUCAACUUCUCAAGUGUUUUCAAAUGAGUUCGGUACAGAGCUCAUAUAAAAAUAGUGUCUAACAUGAAACUACGGGGAGAGAAUUAGAAAAGCUACGAGCAACUGCACAUAUCAAUUAAAUAAUCUUGUUCCCGGAAGUCUAACCACUAUUAUAAAAUGACAAUCUUUGCAUU